UUUCCGGUGCGUUUCCCCGGUGCCUGAGAGUGGGGAGAGUCCGAAGUUGAACUUGGGGGCUGGAGACUGUGGCUGCCUCCGACAUGGUUAUGACCGACUCUGUAAUUUUGGGGCAUUUUCUCCAUGCCAGGCCAUGUGCCAGCUGCUCAAGAUACAGUGAAGAGAAUUACAGGCUGGUGGAAAUAGAAUAAAGGAAUGUCAUUAUCAAGGAGGAGCACACAGAGACCCCAAGGGAAAAUCGCUGGUUGAUGAACACUUAUUCUGAAUGCAGUAGGUCUUCAUUUAGCAGUUGUUCUGGAAGACAAGAAGGUUUGUUUUUUUGGUCACACACCACUGGUCCCAUGGCUGCCGUGCAGAUGGAUCCUGAGCUUGCCAAGCGCCUCUUCUUUGAAGGGGCCACCGUGGUCAUCCUGAAUAUGCCCAAGGGGACAGAGUUUGGCAUUGACUACAACUCCUGGGAGGUGGGGCCCAAGUUCCGGGGCGUGAAGAUGAUCCCACCAGGCAUCCACUUCUUCCAUUAUAGCUCUGUGGACAAGGCCAAUCCCAGGGAGGUGGGGCCUCGGAUGGGCUUCUUCCUUAGCCUGCAGCAGCGGGGGCUGAUGGUCCUGCGCUGGAAUGCAAUUCGAGAAGAGGUAGACCUGUCCCCAGCCCCAGAGGCUGAGGUGGAGGCCAUGAGGGCCAACCUCCAGGAGCUGGACCAGUUCCUGGGACCUUACCCGUAUGCCACACUCAAGAAGUGGAUCUCACUCACCAACUUCAUCAGUGAGGCCACAAUGGAGAAGCUGCAGCCUGAGAGCCGGCAGAUCUGUGCCUUCUCAGAGGUGCUUCCCGUGCUGUCCAUGAAGCACACUAAGGACCGGGUGGAGCAGAAUCUACCUCGCUGUGGCACCGAGUGCAAAAGCUACCAGGAGGGCCUGGCCCGGCUGCCAGAGAUGAAGCCCAGAGCUGGGACGGAGAUCCGCUUCUCAGAGCUGCCCACCCAGACGUACCCGGCAGGUGCCACGCCAGCAGAGAUAACCAGGCACAGCAUGGACCUGAGUUACGCCUUGGAGACUGUGCUCAGCAAGCACUUCCCCAGCAGCCCCCAGGAUGUGCUCGGUGAACUCCAGUUUGCAUUUGUCUGCUUUCUCCUGGGGAACGUGUACGAGGCAUUCGAGCACUGGAAGCGGCUCCUGAACCUCCUGUGCCGCUCCGAGGAAGCCAUGGCGAGGCACCACACCCUCUACAUCAACCUCAUCUCCAUCCUGUACCACCAGCUCGGCGAGAUCCCCGCCGACUUCUUUGUGGACAUUGUCUCCCAGAACAACUUCCUCACCAGCACCUUACAGGAAAUAAGUUUCUUCAGUGCCAAAGAGGCUAUGUGCAUCCUGAGGGCACAUUCAUGGGCUCCCGUCAGCCUGGCCAUGGGACCAACCUGACUGAAUUCUAAAUGGACUCUUCCAGAAGCUCUCAGAAGAGACCUGCCUCAGCGGCACCCUACUUCCUUCUAAGUGAGAAGAAAGCCAAAAACCUAAGAGAACUGAUUGCUCAUUCCAUAGAACGGUUCAAAAACAAGACACCCUGGACUGCACAGGGUCUGCGAUGUCCGCUGGUGAUUUUAAAAGUUAACUAGAAGGUCCUAGGGAAAUGACCUAGAAUCUGCCUGUCCCUUGUUGAAUGGGAACACAUCACAGAACACACAGGUGUGUGACCACUCAGGAGCUCCAGAUUGGGGAGGGGGUACCCAGAAGACAGUUGAGUCUGAUCAGUGGUCAAGCUCUUACUUUCUCCAUCAAAGUCCCUGACCUCAGGGGCCUUGCUGAUGCCACAUCCCUCUCAUCCGUUCCACUCUGAGGCCUCAGUCCCAGAAGUGGGACUUGGCAACCCUUCCAUGCAGCCGAAUUCCCCAGCAGAGCCACCAUGACUAUUUCUGGAGAUUCAACAACCAAGAGGAAGGUUCUUGCUCCGGAUAGGCUUCUUUGGCUCUGUUGAAGUUCUGUGUCCAUAUUCAGAGCUCUGGAGAUGACCUGACCCACCUAAAUCUUCCCAGUCCUGCUGUGGAGCUGUCCGCCACAGGAGUAAUGAUGCUCCCCUUCCCUUGGAGUCCUGAGGGUGUACCCGCCAUACACGGGUCCUGCCACCCUGACCUCAAACUAUUGUACUACGAUGAUCAGAAUCCCCGCCCCAUUCUUUUCCAAGGCUGCAGCUCACACCAGGUUUCUGAAUGAGAAUUCAUGCUGGUUAAGACUUUUGGUUCCAUUUGUUUCCUUGGAGAUAUUUUUCCAAGAGCAUAACGUACAUUAAAGUCUUUGGGUUGAGACUAAAUCCCUUGAGCGAGUCUCUUGCAGUUAAUUUGCCCAGCUCUCAGCUGCCAGGCCACUGUCCAUAGACAGACAUCUCCCUCCUGAGCACCAGGAGACUCUGCCUGACACCUUCAGUCUCUGGAGGAGGCAAGCCGCCCGCGUUGCCUGCUGUUAGCAGUGGGGCUUCCGAGAUAGGCGUACCUGAAAGGAUUGAGGCCCUGUCGCUUUAUGAUAACCAGAAGUUCCGCCUUGUGUGACUUUAUAUUCUCUUCCACCCAAAGCCCACUCAUCAGAACUACCAGGGGAGCUUGUUAAAAGUACACAUUCCAAAGGAACGGAUUACUAGUCCGUGCUACAACAUGGAUGAACCUUGAAAACAUUGUGCUGAGUGAACGGAGCCAGACAAAGGCCACAUGUUACGUGACUGCAUUCAUGUGAAUCAUCCAGGAUAGACCCACAGAGGGAGAAGUUAGGGGUUGCCAGGGACCGGGCGAGUGCGGAAGGGGUUGACUGCUGACAGCUCUGGGGUAUCUUAGGUGACAGAAAGGUUCUGGAAUUAGAGAGUGGUGAUUAGGAGUAUACAGAAAAAACACUGUAAGUGUACACCUAAAAAUGGGUGAAUUUUAUGCCAUCUAAAUUAUAUCUCAAUAAUAAUUUUCUAAAGUGCAUAUUUCCAAGUCCACCCCACAGGUACUCAGAGGCUGUGAAUCUGGAUAUGGCCUGGGUCCUGCAGCACACCCAGUUUUGAGGAACUACCCGGAAGUAACAGCAUUGCAAUUUAGUACUUAGAGUUUCAUUGGGACAGAAUUGUCAGAGCAGCACCUGGAAGUUGGGUCAUGGGACUAUGUUCUUCAAGCUGUUGUCUUCUAUCUACACAGACCCACCCCCCCCCCCCACAACCACACAAACAGGGAUUAAGAAAAAGUAACCACUAUUUACUAAGUGCUCUGUCCUGUUAGUUCACUUAAUCCUCACAAAAAUAUGUGGUAAGUGCUACUAUUAUCCCCAUUUUACCGAUAAGAAAAUGGGCUCAAAGAACUCCAGUCAUUCUGCCAACGUCCCACAGCUAGUACGGAUUGAGGACAAGAGUCAGGCCCGAGCCCCUUGGUGGCCAGAGCCCACGCUCAGUUCACUGCUGUGAUGUACUCCGUCCCUGCCUUUGCGUGUCCAGGACAGCCUUCCCUCCCUGCUUCCCACAUCUAGGCCUGGCCCUGUGGCCAGCCAGCUGUGUGAAUCAGACAAGACACUUGCAUUCCUUGGGCCUCAGUCUACUUACAUAUAAAAUAAGAGAGUUUGCUUGGAUCUGGGGUUUCUGAUGUAGAUUCUCCAGGCUCCCUCAGGAAUUUAAAAGUGGACUUUGUGUUAUUGUGAAUGUUUCCAGAAGGGAAACUACAUUUGCACAGGAUAAGGUGCUGGGUUGACAAAAACCAAUAGGGCUCUCCUUUGGGGCUGGAGUGACAUCGACUCUGUCUUUUGCCUGUCCCAGCCGGCAGUUCUCUGUGUGUCUUUGAUGAAUAAAAAGUGUGAAAACAAA